GAGAGAGAGAGAGAGAGAUAGCAGCCAGGAUCCAGCUACCAUCAACACUGUGAGCCUGUUUAUCCCUGUCGCUGUCGUUUUAGCGACAUUUCUGCUUCACUCAGCUCCAAAUUAACGCGAUGUGUUCGAGUUAACGUGCGACUCAGGUGGACAUAUCGUUUCCAGAUAUAUAAAAAAAACAACCAAAAAAACACUGUUGUUAUCGGGGGUAACGUGAAGACAAAAAGGACUCCUCAUAGCGCAGCAGCAGAAGCUGCUCGUACUGUAAUCUGCGGAUGAGAGUGUGCGUGUAGCCGCCGAGCCCGGGUCAGUUCAGCAGCUCAGCGGGAACUCUGCACAAGCAGCCGAGUUCUGCUGAGAGAGAAGGCAGUCCAGAGUGAGAACCAGCCGACUGCCGAGAUGAAAUUCACAGAGCAUCUCUCAGCGCACAUCACGCCGGAGUGGAGGAAACAGUACAUCCAGUAUGAGGCAUUUAAGGAGAUGCUGUAUGCUGCACAGGAUCAGGCUCCAUCCAUUGAAGUCACAGAUGAGGACACAGUCAAGAGGUACUAUGCCAAGUUUGAGGAGAAGUUUUUCCAGACCUGUGAAAAAGAGCUGGCCAAAAUCAACACCUUUUAUUCUGAAAAGCUGGCCGAGGCUCAGCGGCGAUUCGCCACACUGCAGAAUGAGCUGCAGUCAUCGCUGGAUGCCCAGAGGGAGAGCUCUGCCACCGGGCUGGGCCUCAGGAGAAGAAAAACAGUGUUUGCCCUUUCACAGAAGGAGAGGUGCAAACACCGAAACAUCAAGGAUCUGCAGCUGGCCUUCUCUGAGUUCUACCUCAGCCUUAUACUGCUGCAGAAUUACCAGAACCUGAACUUCACAGGGUUCAGGAAGAUCCUGAAGAAGCAUGACAAGAUAUUGGAAACCUCGAAGGGGGCUGAUUGGCGGGUUGCCCAUGUUGAAGUGGCUCCAUUUUAUACAUGCAAGAAGAUCACUCAGCUCAUCUCUGAGACUGAGGCUUUGGUCACAACAGAGCUGGAAGGCGGUGACCGGCAGAAGGCCAUGAAGAGGCUCAGGGUUCCUCCACUGGGAGCUGCACAGCCUGCUCCAGCUUGGACCACUUUUAGAGUCGGACUUUACUGUGGAGUGUUCCUUGUCUUGAUGGUCACUGUGGUCAUUACAGGAGCUGUGGUGAUUCGCCAUUCAGAUUUCUGGCCUAUGAUCAGGAUCUACAGAGGAGGCUUCCUGCUGAUAGAGUUUCUCUUCCUUUUAGGGAUCAACACCUACGGCUGGAGGCAGGCAGGAGUUAAUCAUGUCCUCAUAUUUGAGCUCAAUCCCAGAAAUAACCUGUCCCACCAACAUCUGUUUGAGAUUGCAGGCCUGUUGGGGGUGCUGUGGUGCGUCAGCCUGCUGUCAUGUCUCUUCCAUGACAGCAUCUUGGUACCGAUGCAAGUCAACCCUCUGAUUCUCUAUGGCUUCUUCUUCCUGUUUCUUAUCAACCCCUUCAAGACGUGUUACUAUAAGUCCCGUUUCUGGUUGCUCAAGUUGCUGUUCAGAGUGGUGACCGCUCCAUUUCAUCAUGUUGGAUUUGCAGACUUCUGGCUGGCUGACCAGUUAAACUCUCUGGUGGUGGUUCUGAUGGAUCUUGAGUACAUGGUCUGCUUCUACAGUAUUGAGUUGAACUGGGCCGAACAAAAGGGGCUUUUCGUUGCAACAAGUAAAGGCGUGUGUAACAGCUACUCGUAUGGUCUUCGGGCGGUCAUCAAGUGUCUUCCUGCGUGGUUCCGAUUUGCCCAGUGUCUUCGGCGUUAUCGGGACACCAAGCGGGCCUUUCCUCAUCUGGUCAAUGCUGGGAAGUACUCCACUUCCUUCUUUGUCGUCACCUUCUCAGCUCUGUACAGCACACACAAAGAAUCUGAACUCGAGGGCAGAAUCUACUUUUACCUGUACAUUGCCUGCGCAAUCGUAAGCUCUUGUUAUACACUGAUCUGGGAUCUGAAGAUGGACUGGGGCCUGUUUGACCGCAACGCAGGAGAAAACACCUUCCUGAGAGAGGAGAUCGUCUACCCACAGAAGGCCUAUUACUACUGUGCUAUAUUGGAGGACGUGCUUUUGCGGUUUGCAUGGAUUUUAACCGUCACUCUCACCUCACUCCCUAACUUAGAAGGCAUCGCUGACAUAUUGGCUACACUGCUGGCUCCGUUGGAGGUCUUCAGGCGAUUCGUGUGGAAUUUCUUCCGACUUGAGAACGAGCAUCUAAAUAACUGUGGUGAGUUCAGGGCGGUCCGAGACAUCAGUGUGGCUCCGCUCAACGCCGAUGACCAGACUCUGCUGGAGCAGAUGAUGGACCAGGAGGACGGAGUGAGGAACCGGCAGGGCAAGAAAAGCUGGAAAAGGAGCUACAGCAUGAGCCUGCGCAGGCCACGGCUGGCCUCACAAUCAAAGACUCGUGACACCAAAGUUCUGAUCGAGGACACGGAUGAUGACUCCUGACAUCAGGCCACGCCCCUCGCCUGGGUUCAGAAUUUAUUCAAAGGAGGAAACUCUGCCUCCUAAACUAGGCAAUAACCAGCGAGUGGGCGUUGAACUCAAGAAAGGACGAGGUCUGACCUCCCAAUCAUUUUCCAGUGCACGAGCCUCUGCUGGGGUUCUGAAUUAUUUCAAGGGAAGAUUUUCACUGUUUCGAACUUUUAAACCAGAUUAGUGGCUCCUCCGCCAUCAGUAAAAACUCUUCCUGACCCAAACGAGUGGCGGGGAAUCCUUCCUGAUAAUCACCCAGCAGUGGACUCCUUGAUUACCGCUUUGAGUCUCCUUAGAGCCUCAGCAUGAACAAUGCAGCUAAAGAAAAAGAAAGCAAAUUGACCUCAGAUGUAGUGUUCCUGCCCCUUUUCAGUGCCACAGAACUCUUAUUCCAGAUGAUCCCCAAACUCCCUGCAUAGCAAGAAUGCUCAGAAAGGGGCCUUCAGUGACACAUGAGUGUCCCUCUGUUCAUUUGGACUAAAUGGUGAGAUAGAAUUCCUUCUUCCACAACAAGAGAAACUGAACGGUCUCUGACUCUUCCCUUCCGUCAGGAUUCAGCAGAGCGUGCUGAUCAACUCAUGGCAAAGCCAUCCAGUCAUUCCACAUCUCUAACGCAUCCUAUCUCUUCAUCACAGAGCUGCCUUCUUGCACCUUACACGCUUUGGAAACACCAACAUGCACUUUGUAGAAAAGGUCAAUGGGAAUUCCUUAAAUCCACAAAUAAUAAUGAUUUUAUUUAUUUUUUUUCGAUGUUCCUGCACGUGCAAGGAACCCGGGGUGAUGAUCAACACACUGACUAUCAUUGGAAAUGUUGUUUUGUAACUGUGAGACGGACUCAUGCGGCUGGGUUUGCGGAAAGGUCCAGAAACGAUCGAGCAGAAAAACAAGCGUAUGUCUGGCCGAUUAGAACGGCAGCAGGAAAAUCCUUGUUCUGGUUUUUUCUAAAAAGCAGCGGAUUCCCACUGUGAAUGUGUGAAUACAUGCUGUAUGUUAGGAGACGGUUCUCCUGAAUGUAUGUGUGUCACUAGGAAAGGAACGGCCUUUCAUCUCAGCUAUGGUUCAAGAGUUUUCAUUUAGUCCCCAGAAUUUCUGAUUGGGCAUCUGAGGACUGAGAGCAGGAAGGUAGAUUGCUGUAUCAAACUUGUUUAAUUGAAAUGCUACAAUAACAACUGUUACGAUGAGGAGGAGAGGUCACCUGUCUGUCCCUCUGAGUUACACGGCCAGAAUCAAAAGCGUUGUCCAUGAGCUGCGUUUCAGCCACAUUGCCCAGUGGCAAAUUAGAUUAGCUGGGUAGAAAUCUACUAGAAGUGGCCCUGGAGAUGAGGCGCUGCCGUUUGAAUGGAACCUGCAGAAAUUGCGCUGCAAGAGUAAAUGAUAUAAUUUGCAAACACGGAAUUCAAACCCAGUUUAAUCAAGAUUAAUACCAAGGUUUUACUUUGCUUACGUUGAAAUGACUUAAACUUAGCUUAACAUAGUGCGAAUGUCUGUGUUAUUCUAAAGCGGCUUUAAAAGCAUUCUAUUUGGACCAAAAUGAUGGAAAUGCUCCAUGGACUUCAUAUUUUAGCCAUCUGCUGAAGCUGAGGGUAAAUACUUUUGUUAUACCCUUUUUUUAAUACCUGUAGCGUUAAGGAGUUUGACUAAGAUUAUGUUCCUAGAUACAAAUAAGGACAAUUAAAAGCGGAUGACUAA